AUGAAGGAUGCGGCUCCGGCAGAGGAGCAGCAGAAACCUGCGGUGGAGCCCAUCAAGCCUCCGGCGGUGCUGCGCAGCAACGUCAGGCUCAUCACCAACGCCGUGGCGGAGAAGGAGACCCGCACGCUGUUUGGGCGGGUGCUGCGGCAGACGGCGGCGGUGCGCAGGCAGCUGACGGCGCAGGAGCUGCAGGCCUUCCUGGCGUCGGCGCUGCCGCCUGCCUCGGCAGCAGCACAACAGCUGCAGGAGGCUGUGAAACAGGUGGGCCAUGGGGCUGCAGAUCUUGACAUGUGCCCUGCGCGAGCGGCGCCGCCACCCGCCAACGCUCUUCCCGAGGUUGAGAUGUAUGCUCACCUGCUGACCCUCAUGUUCCUGCUGGACCACAAGCAGUACGAGCUGGCGCAGCAGGUGGCGGGCGCGGCUGUGGACCGCCUGUCGACCUUCAACCGCCGCACCCUGGACGUCAUCGCCGCCCGCAUCUGCUCCUACCUCUCCCUGGCCCACGAGCGCGCCGGCAGCCUGCCCGCCAUCCGCUCCCGCUUGCUGGCCCUGCACCGCACCGCGGUGCUGCGCCACGACGACGUGGGGGCGGAGACGCUGCUCAACCUGCUGCUGCGCAACUACCUGGCAGACAGCCUGUAUGACCAGGCGGAGCGCCUGCGCGCCAAGGCGCAGCGCCCAGAGACCAGCCGGUCCAUGCAGCAGGCGUGCCGCUACCUGCACUACCUGGGGCGCAUACGGGCGGUACAGCUGGAGUACAGCGAGGCCAAGGACUGCCUGCAGCAGGCGGUGCGCAAGGCCCCCACCUCUGCGGUGGGCUUCCGGGUGGCGGUGGCCAAGUGGCUGGUGCUGGUGCGCCUGCUGCUGGGCGAGGUGCCCGACCGCACCGAGUUCACCGCGCCCGACACCGCCGCCCCGCUGGCGCCCUACUUCGACCUCACGCAGGCGGUCAGGGGAGGGGACCUGUCGGCCUUCAGCGCGGUGGCUGCCGCCCACGAGGCCGUGUUCCGCGCCGACCGCACCCACAACCUGGUUGUGCGGCUGCGCCACAACGUGAUCCGCGCGGGCCUGCGCCGCAUCUCCCUCGCCUACUUCCGCAUCUCGCUGGCAGACGUGGCCGCCAAGCUGGGCCUGGCCUCGGUGACAGACACGGAGAGCAUCGUGGCCAAGGCCAUCAGGGACGGUGGCAUCGAGGGCGUGAUUGACCACGAGGCGGGCACGCUGGAGGCGGCACGCCCUGCCGACAUCUACGCCACCGACGAGCCGCAGGCCGCCUUCCACGCCCGCAUCGCCUUCUGCAUGGACGUGCACAACGAGGCCGUCAAGGCGAUGCGGUACGGCGCGGGCGGCGGCGCGGUCAAGGAGUUUGAGGACGCCACCGCGCUGCGGGAGAAGAUGGAGGAGGAGCUGCAGGCGGCGCUGGAGGAGGACGAAGACUUCUGA